ACCACGCAUCGAGUUUAACGCUUCAAGCCAUCCCUCGAUAAAACUGCCCCGCCGUUCAGAAAAAAAGCAAACAACGCACGCCCCGACGUCCUCUCGCCCCACCCGCACGACCUCGACCUCUCGCCCCUGCUCCUCCUCCCCCGCCGUUCGCCCUCUCCCGUUCCUCGCCGCUCCUCCCGAGCCUCCCGCCGCUCCUCCAUUCCUCCGGAGCCGCCCGCCACGCCCUUUGCCGCGGGAUCCCCUUCGUCGCGGGAGCCGCCGUCGAGCCCGUCCAUCGCGCCCAAGCCGCCGCCGGAGCAGCCCUGCGCCGCAGGAUCCCCUUCGCCGCGGCUCGCAGGUCGCCGAGCCGCCGCCCCGGAGCCGCCCUUCGCCGUGGUCCGCAGGUCGCCGAGCCGCCGCCCCCGCCCUUCGACGCGGCCCGCAGGUUCCCUAGCCGCCAACGCACACCCCCACGUCCUCCCGCCGCCCCGGAGCCGCAAUGCGACGGGCCCAACCCGGAGAUCCACAACACGGGCGGGCUGAGCCGGCGGGGCUUCCCGGCUGGGUUCGUGUUCGGGACGGCCGCGUCGGCGUACCAGGUGGAGGGCAUGGCGAGGCAGGGCGGGCGCAGGCCCAGCAUCUGGGACGCCUUUGCAGCCAUACCGGGGACGAUCGCCGGCAAUGGCACCGCCGACGUGACGGUCGAUGAGUACCAUAGGUACAAGGAGGAUGUGAGCAUAAUGAAGGAAAUGGGCUUCGACGCGUACCGGUUCUCGAUCUCCUGGUGGAGGAUUUUCCCAGAUGGGACUGGGAAGGUGAACCAGGAAGGAGUGGACCACUACAACAGGCUCAUAGAUUACAUGCUCCAGCAAGAUAACUGAAGUUUUCAAAAUUGCUUGAUUGAUUAUUAAUCAAUGUAAGCAAUCUAUCAUGUAGGUUUUGUUCGAUCCUACAGUUGAAGAAAAUCAUACCGAAGAUCUGAGCUUAAGUGUUCCAACAGCUGAAGCACCAGCUCAAGAUGAAAGGAACCUCUUAAUAUGAUUGUAGAUCCAUUCCCGUAAAGUGCAGUUAGAAUAUGGAAUCCACCUCGAACUAGGUUUAAAAAACAGAAAGCAUAUGGAAUUUUGCUCUAUCAGGUAGCAAUUUGGUUGUUCAAUCCAUCCAUAGUUACAUUUUUAAGAUAUAUUGUGGAAUUUCCUUAUUUUUUUAAUACAAGUCUGAACUUUUAGGACAUCCGACACAUGAGUUUGAACCAUCCAAUUAUAGUGCUACUAAUUUUGGGUCACUACAUCAUGCAAUACUACGGAUGCUGUUCAACAUGGCAAAGUUGGAUUUUUUUUAUUCUUUUUUCAGAUUAGAAUCACUUUAGCAAUGCCAUGUAGAUAAUACAAGAUGUGGCAAAGUGUUGUAUUCAAUAGAGAUUACAGUGAUAAAUUGGUGAAAUUAGUUUGCUCUCUGAUCUCUGUUAGCUUUAAAUCGCUAGGAAGCCAUGUAGUCCUAUUUUUAGUACUAGGAGGAGAACAUAUAUUAAAUCUAUGUCAUCCAGGGAAGAUCUCUGUUGUGCUGGGGCAAACUAAACCAGAGCAAGCACUUACUCAAGGCAAGGAGCAGUGCUCGUACUUGCUCAUGGUUGAGGUAGAUUCAGGUUAAAUUUUAUGUGUUGAUUCCCUUCUCUUGCACAUGUCUAGGUCUUUGUGCCUGAUCAAGCUGUUCUUUGACAAGUAUUAUCUUUGAGUGAUGCCAUGUUGGUAAUAAAAUACUAUAUAACUCACAUUUCAUUUCUUAUGUGUUCCUUUUUCAUUUUUGUUCUGUUCUUAUUUUUCAAGUAUUAUUUUUGACUUGUUCCAGAUAUUUAAAUGUCUUUUUACGUAUCCUUUGUUUGUUCUCAAUUUGGAUGCUUUCAUGCAGAUCAAGUUAUUAUGGAGGAAAAAAUCAAGGGGUGCAUUGCAAUCUAGAUUUGACUAAAUGUGUGGCACAAUCUGUUGACAAACACAUUUACAUUUAAGUAUGUGUAGUAUGCUUCAGUACAGAUCAGAUCCAAAAUCAGGAUACAUGACAGCUGCAAAGCAAAUAUAUCAAAGUUGCUCGGGUGGAUCUGUUGUGGUUCAAGCUCCUCAGGUGGAUCUAAUCAAGACUACUUACCGACCGUCUUCCAUUUGAACUGCAGCAAUGUGGGGUGGCGCAUGUGGAGUAGGAGGGUAGAAGAGAAGAUGGAGAAGGUUAUUCUGGCCUUACGUUGAGUGUUGAGUCUGGGGUAUAUGAAAAUACUUGAGUUGAAGAAGAUCCGGUACUGGAUAUAAAUGAUUGAGGAGACGCAUGACUUAAAUAAAAAGAGUUGUGAGAAUAUGAAAUAAGGAAAUUACUGUUUCUAAUUGAGUCUUAAUCUAAAUACGACAUUUGUAUGACGCUUGCAUUCACAAAUUGAAGAAACUGCUGUCGAACACCUUUGUUGGUUGCAAUUAUCCUACAAA